CCGCUGAUUGGACCAAACUGGGAAAACGAGCCGGAAAGGCAGAAAGAGGGAGAAGGAGAAGCUGUGGCGGCGGCGUUCGCGUCUUGAUUCUUUCCCCGAGAGGCCUGUGAGGUGGAAAGGGAGCCAGGAUGGUGCUGGAGAGCACGAUGGUCUGUGUCGACAACAGUGAGUACAUGAGGAAUGGGGACUUCCUACCGACUCGCCUCCAGGCCCAGCAAGACGCGGUCAACAUCGUCUGCCAUUCGAAGACCCGCAGCAACCCUGAGAACAACGUGGGCCUCAUCACUCUCGCCAAUAACUGCGAGGUCCUGACUACCCUCACUCCGGACACGGGCCGGAUCCUGUCCAAGUUGCAUUCGGUGCAGCCCAAAGGGAAGAUCACAUUCUGCACCGGCAUCCGAGUCGCUCACCUGGCUUUGAAACACCGCCAAGGCAAGAACCACAAAAUGCGGAUCAUCGCCUUUGUAGGAAGCCCUGUGGAGGACAAUGAGAAAGAUCUGGUGAAAAUGGCCAAGCGGCUGAAAAAGGAGAAGGUCAAUGUGGACAUCAUCAACUUUGGGGAAGAGGAAGCCAACACGGACAAGCUGACUGCCUUCAUCAACACCCUGAACGGCAAGGACGGCACCGGCUCCCACCUGGUGACGGUGCCCCCGGGGCCCAGCCUGGCCGAUGCCCUCAUCAGCUCCCCGAUCCUGGCCGGAGAAGGGGGAGCCAUGCUGGGGUUGGGGGCCAGCGACUUCGAGUUCGGGGUGGACCCCAGUGCCGAUCCGGAACUGGCUUUGGCGCUGCGGGUGUCGAUGGAGGAGCAACGGCAGAGGCAGGAGGAGGAGGCCCGCCGAGCCGCUGCAGCGUCGGCGGCCGAAGCAGGGAUUCCAGCCACCGGAGGCGAUGAUUCAGACGACACUCUGCUCAAGAUGACCAUCGGUCAGCAGGAGUUUGGCCGCGCCGGCCUGCCGGACCUCAGCACCAUGACUGAAGAGGAGCAGAUUGCCUAUGCGAUGCAGAUGUCUCUUCAAGGAGCCGAAUUUGGGCAAGGCGAGGCGGCUGAGGUGGACAGCAGUGCAGACAUGGAUACGUCAGAACCCGCCAAGGAGGAAGACGAUUACGACGUGAUGCAGGACCCCGAGUUCCUCCAGAGCGUCCUGGAGAACCUUCCCGGCGUGGACCCCAACAACGAAGCCAUCCGCAACGCCAUGGGCUCCCUGGCCAGCCAGGCCUCCAAGGAGAGCAAAGACAAGAAGGAGGAGGAGAAGAAAUGAUGGCGGAGGGAAGGUGGGCCUUUGGGAGCCCUCCGGAGCGCCUCCUCUUCUCUCCCCGCUUCCUUUUUCUGCACGUCUCGGUUCUCGUAGUAGGUUUUCGGUCACCUUGCCUCCUCCCCAGGCUCGCGGUCGGUCACCGGGGUGGGUCUUUGGGCACAGGGUGUGGGGUCAAGGGUUUAGCAGGUCAUAAUAAAAAGAGCCCUUACAUUUUCCCCUCUUCUCA